AUGACCCUACAGACCUGCACUUUGGUCCCCCAUGACACCUUGCAGCAUGCCUACUUCCCUCACCUCCUCCUUCCUGUCCUGCUCUUGCUCCUCCAAGCCUGGCGGGGGAGCUGUCAUCCCCAGUGUUUGGACUACAAGCCUCCAUUUGGGCCCCGGCAGCCACUGGUCUUCUGCAAGGAGUACUCAAAGUUUGGAUGCUGUGAUUUAGAAAAAGAUGGGGAGAUAUCAGUCAAGUUUUACACCAUCAUGGAGAACUUUGACCAUUCAGGGUUUGUCACCUGUGGCAGGUUCAUACGCAGCAUCCUUUGCCAGGAGUGUUCUCCAUAUGCUGCCCACCUGUACGAUGCAGAAGAUGCAAACACACCCAUGCGGAUGCUGCCCGGUCUGUGCGGUGAUUACUGCGUUGACUACUGGCUGCAGUGCCGAUACACUCUCAGCCUCCUCCUGGAGGACCUGGGGAGCCCACAGCAGUUUGCAAACCUGACUGCCACAAUAGAGGACGAUCAAAGAAAAUUCUGUAACUAUCUGGAGCUGAAGGACAAACAGUACUGCUAUCCUAAUGUACUGUCAAAUACAGACCUAAAUGCUAACCUGGGCUUGGUUCGUGAGGAUCCUAAAGGCUGUCUGGAGUUAUGCUUACAGGAGGUUGCCAACGGGCUCCGUAACCCUGUGGCGAUGAUCCACGCAGAUGACGGAAGUCACCGUUUCUUUGUUGCAGAGCAACUGGGCUACGUUUGGGUGUAUUUGGCCAAUGGCUCCAGGAUUGACCGUCCUUUCCUCAACCUCACACAGGCUGUCCUCACAUCACCGUGGGCUGGAGAUGAAAGGGGUUUCCUCUGCAUAGCCCUGCACCCAAGGUUUACCACAGUCAGAAAAGCCUAUGUGUACUACUCUGUGUCUGUCAAGAAGGAGGAGAGGAUACGCAUCAGCGAGUUCACAUUGUCAGUAUAUGAUGAUAACCAGCUAGACCACUCCUCUGAAAGAACCAUCCUAGAGGUGGUGGAGCCGGCGUCCAAUCAUAAUGGAGGUCAGCUUCUGUUUGGCCAUGACGGGUAUCUGUACAUCUUUAUUGGCGAUGGGGGCCGAGCUGGGGACCCCUUUGGGAAGUUUGGCAACUCACAGAACAAAUCAACACUUCUUGGCAAGGCGCUGCGAAUUGAUGUUGACAACAAUGACGAUGGCGCUCCGUACAGCAUUCCCUCAGAUAACCCAUUUCUGAGAGAGAAGGAGUCCCGACCUGAGAUCUAUGCUUAUGGAGUGCGUAACAUGUGGCGUUGCUCUAUCGAUCGCGGUGAUUCGGCUACAGGCCAAGGCAGAGGCAGGAUGUUUUGUGGUGAUGUCGGCCAGAACAAAUAUGAGGAGGUGGACCUCAUUGUUAAAGGAGGCAACUAUGGAUGGAGAGCAAAAGAGGGCUUCAGCUGCUACGAUCGCAAACUCUGUCAGAACUCAUCUCUAGAUGAUAUAUUGCCUAUCUUCGCCUACCCUCACAAGCUGGGUAAGUCAGUGACGGGAGGAUACAUCUAUAGAGGCUGCCAGAUGCCAAACCUCAACGGGAUCUACAUCUUUGGAGAUUUCAUGAGUGGGCGUCUGAUGUCUUUGAAGGAGAAUCACACCACAGGUGAAUGGCACUACAAUGAGGUCUGUAUGGGACGAGACCAGACCUGCAGAUUCCCCAAACUCAUCAACAGUUACUAUAAAUACAUCAUUUCUUUUGCUGAGGAUGAGUCAGGCGAACUGUAUUUCUUAGCCACGGGUGCCCCAAGUGCAACAGCCAGAGCAGGAGUGGUCUAUAAGAUAGUGGACCCCUCCAGGCGAGCGCCACCAGGAAAAUGUAACAUCAAGCCUUCGCCAGUCAAGAUUAAAGGGAAGCUGAUUCACUUCCACCCCAAAGAGGAGUUUGUAAUCAACAAGAGGCCAACUACCACGCCUGUCCCCACGACAGCCACCAGAAAAACAACAACAACAACAACCAGAAAAAUGACACCACCCCCACCAACAAGGAAAACAACAAGAAGAACAAUGCUACCGCCAACAACGACACCAUCACCAACAAUAAAAGCCACAACAAUAAAAACAACAGCAAGAACAACAACAAUAAAACCAUCAACUUCACCAACAACUGUCCAGACGACCAUGGCGACAACUCCCGCCACAACCACAGCCACUGGUUAUCGCUCAACCAUCAUGACUGCAGCCUCCUCUAGGAUUGCUCAAACCCCCGUCCUCACCACACCUUCACCAAGGAGACAUUGGAGACCCCUUCAGUACCUCCCUAGUACCACCACCCAACCUUUAACCUCAGCACAGCCUCCUACAUCUCCAUCCGUACCAUUGGAAAGACCCUCUGCAUGUGUUCCUGAACGUCCUGGGCCACUGACCACACCAAGGAUGCCAUAUUGGAGUCAGAGGCCCACAGGAUCACCCUAUAGGUCCCAGAGACCCACAAUAAACACCACGUUGCCUAAAAAACAAGGAGAGUUGUGGCUUGGUGAGAAGCUGGACAACAAUGAGGAGGGGAACCAAGUGUAUAAAAGGCCCGGAGGAAGAGGCAGUGGUCAUGGUUACAAGAGAGUAAGAGGGAGAAGGUAUCGCGUUGGCUCAGUGCGACUGGUAAGCGCUGAUGGUUUACCAGAUCGUGGUAGAGUUGAGAUCUUUAUACGUGGGGAGUGGGGGACAGUAUGCGACGACCUUUUCACCAGCAAGGCGGGUACGGUGGUGUGUCGACAGCUCGGGUUCACGACGUCCGUGGCGGUGAUGAAGAGGGCUGCGCUGGGGGAGGCAGGCAGCAACGUCAGGAUCUUUUUGGAUGACGUUGAGUGCGAGGGCGGGGAGAGGUCGCUGCUGUGGUGCAAGAGAUCCAGGGUGGGGAAGCACAACUGCUCACAUGGGGAAGAUGUAGGGGUGAUCUGUGGUUAG